AAGAGCCAAUUUCACAGCUGCUGAUAUGAGAGAAUCUGAUUUUAGCGGUUCAACUUUCAAUGGUGCAUACCUUGAGAAAGCUGUUGCAUACAAGGCAAAUUUUUCAGGGGCUGAUUUAAGUGAUACAUUGAUGGAUCGCAUGGUUUUAAACGAAGCCAAUCUCACUAAUGCCAUUCUCCUUAGAACAGUCCUCACACGGAGUGACCUUGGGGGUGCCAUCAUCGAAGGUGCUGACUUUAGUGAUGCUGUGUUGGACCUUACCCAAAAGCAGGCUUUAUGCAAGUAUGCCAGUGGCACAAAUCCUGUUACAGGAGUGAGCACAAGAGUAAGCUUAGGUUGUGGAAACAAACGAAGAAAUGCUUAUGGCUCCCCAUCAUCUCCCCUUUUAAGUGCUCCACCACAGAAACUGCUUGACCGAGAUGGUUUCUGUGAUGAAGCAACAGGACUAUGCGAUGCAAAGUAGUUACUCGGAGUAAUCUUUGCUACAAGGCCAUAGUCGUGUAAAUAUAUGAGAGACUCUAAUUGAGGUCUGUUUGCCUUUUGGACUUCUGAGAGCAUACCCGCAUUCAUGAAAUGAUUGAAUCUAUGUUGGGUAUUGUUGGCCUCUGUUUAACAAGCCAGAUCCUAUUUUGGCAGUCAUCUUUCUCCUAUGUAAGAUCUACUGGAUAUAAGAUUAUGUUUCGUCCUUUGCACACAAUGAACCUUGUAAGUCCCAUUUCUUUUUAAGUUCAUCUUGCACAUGCACUCACAUUUCUUUAGAUGCUUAGAUACCCUGGAGAUUUAAUUCCACAAUUGGAAUAUUAGCAUGAAUUAGGCA